CCGCUGCGGCACUCGGUCGCGCGCGCCCGCUCCGAUCACUCGCGUCCCCGGACUCCCGCGCCAGCCAGCAGUGCACCUCCCGUCCCAACAGAAAGUUAGCAACGUUGAGAACGAGCAGGCAGUGUGGUGUCAGUCGCAGUGAGCACGAGAUACAAAGACAGCACGCAGCAUGAGGAGCUCCCUGUACAUAGUGGCGCUGUGUGCGCUGGUGGCGGUCCGCGCCGCGCCCGCGCCCGACGCGGCGCCCGAGCCCGCGCCGCAGCCCGCGGCGCAGCCCGCCGCCGCCGCCGCGGCUGACGACAGACCAGAGAUCAUCGAGAUCAUCGCCCCCGCCGCCAGUGCGCAGGAAACGCUGGCGACGCUGAACCUCGGCGCGCCCGGCUCCGAGCUCAGCGAGAGAAACAAGAGGACCAUCGGUAUCCUGCGCCAGCUGUUCCCCUCUCUUACGCAGAUAAUCGAACAGAAAGUACAGCAACUAACGAGUAUGGUGCUGCAAACAUUCGGGCCCGUGGUACUGCGCCUGUUCCUCGGCAACCGGAACGGCGGCGGCAACACCGGCGGCGGCACCGUCGAACUAGACGAUGACGACGACGACGACGACGAUGACGAUGACGACGAGCCCGCCAGCAGCACCAGCACCGCCAGCCCGAGCAGCACGAGCGCGCCCCUCACCAGCGCGCCCAGCACGCGCCGACGACGCGCGCUGUUCUUCCUGCCGAAUGCGCUCGCUGAGGAGAACCAGCUCCUGUCCGGCGCCGAGUCGCAGCAAGCCGAGGUGCGCGUCGCAUUCGGCGACGGUCAGGCAGACCAGCAAGUCGCCGCCAGCGACGACCAGCAGACCGCUGCGCAGACCAACGCGGCCAGCAUCGACGAGAUCACACUCGACGACGCUGACAACAGCGAAGAAAACAGAAAUAAGAGGUUCCUGAGCUUCGGUGGUAGCGCGAGCGCCGGUGGUUCCGGGGGCGGCUCGGGCAACUUCCUCUUCGACAUCGUCAGGCUAGUGGCUGGCUCGUCCUCGGGCUCCUCUAGCGGCGACGCUGGCGCAUCUGCUGACGGAGACGACGCUGGCGCCGCCAAGGGCGACAACCUGACGGAAGGAGUGCCCGGCCCCAUCACGAGGCUGUUCAUCAUUGCCAACCGCGGUAUCGCAAACCUCAUUCAGGACCUGAUCCUCCGGAUCGCCCAGACCUCCGAGAGAAUAGUCAACUUCAAGGCGCGACUGAUCACCUCCAUCAUUUAAUGCGCGCGCAUGUAGAUCAAUAUUUUAGUGUAGGUAGUAGUGUAGAGGCCAGCGGCAGAGGUCGCUGUGCCACAGAGUGCGCCGCGCGCGCGUGACGUCACGCUCGGCCCGGCGCGUGACGUCACGGCGCGAGAGUGCGGCGCACGCGGGGCGGCGGCGUGGCGCGGCCCGCGGACCGCCCGGCGCCGCCGCCGUUCCUGCUCAAGCUUUUUUAUACCGCAAUAUUCUUGAUUCGUUUUUACGUUUGUAAAUAUGUAUUAUAGCGGAAUUUGUAUAAAAUAAAUAAAUAGUUAAAUUAU